AUGCCUCUCAACGACUACGACAAGGACCUCAUCGAGGCCAUGUUUCGCGACAACAGCAACGUCGAAGCAGUCCAUAAAGUAGUGCCCCAUGCGGCUCGACCUACGCUCUACCGCAUGCAACAAAAUGUCACCAAUUUUGGCAGGGUUAGGAAGCCUCCCUCUGCGCUCAAGCGUAUAGGAGCUCCACGCAAGAUCACGCCAGAGAUGCGUGAUUAUGCCAUGCUAUUGCUUGACCAUAGAAACGAUCUGUGGGAGGAGGAGUUGGCCUUCGAAUUGUGGUGCGAAUUCGGCAUUCAAGUGUCUCAACCGACCAUUAGUCGUAUGAUGAAGGAGGAGAGGCUCUCGAGCAAGGUCAAUACUCGCAUCGCUAGUCGUCAAUCCCUUGUCGAACAAGCCCUCUAUGAAGAGAGGCUAGCAGAGCUGAUGACUCGAGGCCAUGAGGUCAACAUUGACCCUAUGAAUAUGCUGCUCUACCUUAACGAAUCUGCAGCAAGCGAGAAGGCCAUGUUCCGACGUCGUUCAUGGUCAGCAAUUGGCCUACCUGCCUUUACAAGGUCAGAGCUAGUGUCAAAGGUGAGGUGUUCGGUGCUACCAGCGCUAGAUAUCCAUGGAUACAUACCAGGUUCAACCCUUGUCGUUAAGGGUGCGGUUACACAGGCCAUGUACGAGCACUGGCUAGAGACAGUUGUAUUGCCUUAG